AUGAAGCCAGCAAAAGUCGUUCCUGAUUUAGUGAGAGGGUUCAAGAUUGGAGGCACACAAACUCAAUCCUGGGUUGAAAGAGAUAUUAUUCUCUACGCAUUGGGCGUUGGAAUGUCAAGAGAUCCAAUGGAUACUAAAGAGCUUUCAUUUACCUACGAAAAUGCUGAGAAUUUCAAAGUUCUUCCUACCUUUGGCGCAACAAUUGGAAGCAUUGGCGCAGUUUUUGAAGGCCUUGUUUCUUGUCCAGGAAUGCCUAACUUCAAUCCAAUGAUGCUUCUUCAUGGUGAACAAAAACUUGAGUUUUUCAAGCCAUUUCCUCAAAGGCAAAGAGUGACGAUGACUAGUGAAAUAGCUGAUAUUGCAGACAAAAUAAAAGGUGCACUUGUCACUUUUUCUAGCGAUGUCAAAGACGAAAGUGGGUCAAUCAUAUGCAGAAAUACUUCCAAAAUGUUCAUUAGAGGAAUUGGAGGGUUUGGUGAUAAAGGAAAAUUGCAAGACAGCCUCCCUAAUGUGCCUCAAAGGCCUCCAUGUAAAGUCGCAAGUGAUGUAACGACACCUAAUCAAGCAAUUCUUUAUAGACUUUCUGGAGAUACAAAUCCUUUGCAUAUUGAUCCAAACAUGGCUGCAAUGGGUGGGUUUGAUAGACCAAUUUUGCAUGGGCUAUGCUCAUUUGGAAUUGCAGGUAAAGCUGUUUUGAAGGAGUUCUGUGAUUAUGACGUGACCAAAUUUAAAAGCAUUGCAGUGAGGUUUACCAGGCAUGUGUUUCCAGGCGAAACUUUACUUACUGAAAUGUGGAAAGAAGGGAAUAAAGUCAUUUUUGCCCAAAAAACUCAAGAAAGAGAGGGAAAGAUGACGACUCAAGGUUAUGUUGAACUUAAUGAAGAUCCUCAGCCUAAGAUUUAA